AUGGUUUCGAAUAAUGUUAAGAAAAAACGUCCUAGUUUGAAAAAUUCAGAUCCACCUAAUAAGAAAUUGAAAUCUAAUGAUUCUUCAAUAAUCAGCAUAUCGAGAUCUAUAAGUCUGUGUAAAAGAUGUAGGAGAAAAAAAGUUAAAUGUUCUCCCAACUUUCCUGCUUGUGAAAACUGUGAAAAAGCCGGAGUCGAAUGUAUUGGUAUUGAUCCAAUUAGUGGGCGUGAAGCUCCUAGAAAUUAUGUUGAUCAUUUAGAGAAAAAAAUUCAAGCUCUAGAACGUAAAUUAAAGCAAAAUGGAAUCAACCUUGAUGAAAAUAAUACAAAUGGUGCAGAAUUUGAAAAACCUCUGCCAAUAGAAUUAAAUGAAACCCCUAUAUUACGUUCUUCUACCUUAGUGAAGGAUUCAAAUAUUUCAUUUGCAAAAUUAAUGUUCACUGCUUUGAAGUUUAAUAAUAAGAAAAAUUUGUCAAAUCCUUCACUAUCCUCUAACAAUGAUGAUGAAAAAAUUUUACCGGCAAUAUUACCUCCAAAGUUUACUGCUCAGGAAUUUAUAAAAAACUUUUUCAGUCAGUCCAAUUCCCAAUUACCUAUAUUGAAUCGUGAAGAAUUCAUUUUGAAUGUUUUCAAUCCAAUUUAUGGGGAGUUAGAUGAUUCUGUUUCUUUAGCUUCAGAUUUCAUCGAUAUCCAUAGAACUUGUUCUGUAAAUGAAGAAGACACUUGGUUUUAUCAAUAUAAAUCAAUCAUAUCAGAAAAAUUAUCAAAUCUUGAUUUCCCCAAUGAUAAUAUAAAAAAUUUGCAGAUAAUGGAUAUAUCAAAUUCAAUUAUACCCCCGGAACGAUUCCAUAAACCUUUAUAUUUUUUAAAUAUAGUAUUUGCUAUAAGUUCCUCAGUUCAUCAUUUACAAUAUUUGAAAACAAUUUCGGAAUCUUUUAGAAUUGCCGCUAACAAAUACAUUGAUUCUAUACAAAUGUCAGACCCUUUAGAGUAUUUACAAAGUCUCCUACUAAUUUCUCUUUAUUCAACAAUGAGGCCAGCAAACCCUGGGGUAUGGUAUGUUUUGGGUACUGCUUUAAGGCUUUGUGUUGAUAUAGGUUUACAUCAAAAUUCAUCAAAUAAUCAAUUGGAUCCUUUCAUAAAAGAUAAAAGAAAUCGAUUAUUUUGGUGUACUUAUUCACUUGAUCGUCAAAUUUGCUUUUAUUUAGAUCGUCCCUUUGGAAUUCCAGAUGAAAGUAUUGAUGUACCUUUUCCAACUGAAGCCGAUGAUUCAUUCAUACUAUCUAAUUCUCAGCUAAAAUCUGAUUUCACACCCAGUUAUAAAGUGAUAUCACUUAAUAUGUUUAAAAUUAGACAAAUUCAAAGCGAAAUUCAAAAAAUUUUAUACGAAAAUAAUGAAUUACCUAGAGUUUUUAGAAAUUUGAACGAUUGGAAAAAUUAUAUUAACAAUAAAUUACAAAUUUGGAAAUCUAAUUUGCCGAAAACACCAAAAGAACUGAAUUGUAAUUUCAAUUUGGAAUUUUUCAAUUUAAAUUAUAAUCACAGUUUGUUAAAACUUUAUGGAUUGUCGCCGAAAAACUAUGAAUUAUCAUUAAAAGAUUUUGAAAUAAUAGGUGAAGCAUCCAAAAUGUUAAUCAAAUGUUACUAUCAAUUAUAUUUAAGUAAAUCGAUUAAUUAUACUUGGGCGGCAUUUCAUAACUUAUUCAUGGGUGGUACUUCGUAUCUUUUCGCUAUUUAUAACUGUGAACAAUUCAGAUUGAAGAAUAAUUUACAUGAAGUGAAACAGAUAACAUCUAAUUGUUUAACCAUUUUAAAUUCUUUAAUUGAUAGAUGUGAUGCUGCUUUUAAAAAUUUAGAUUUUUUUGAAAUGUUAACAAUGGUUAUAUUGAAAUUAAAAUAUAACGAAACCGUACAUGGCUUGAAUAAUAGACUUGAUGUCAAUUCGAUCAAAAUCAACUCAACUAAUAUCAACUCAAAUUUAAUAAAAUUAUUAGAAGAUUUAAAUGAUGAUUAUACAAAUCUUGAUGAUACUUUAAACGAUAAAAGUCCGUCAACUUUUGAAUGGAUUACCAAUCCAAUUUCCUCUUUUAGUAAAGUUGAAAUAGAUGAAGAUCCUCUAAUCGCCCAGAAUCAUGAUCUUGAUUUAUUUUUCCUGGAAUUAAACAAUGUGUCACCAUCAUCAUCAGCGAUAUCGAAGAGUGAUUCAAUUUCGGAUUAUAGAAAUGAAAAUAAUAUUAUUUUGAAAUCUCAAAAUUCCAUGAAUUCAUCCCCUUCGGUAAUGUUUAACUCAAACGAUAAUAUAUUAGACUUUAAAGAGGGUAAGAAAGUUUUCAAGAUACUUCAUGAAAUACCAAAUGAAGCUAUUUGGGAUCAAUUUUUCACUAAUCCCAACCUUAAUUCCUUGAAUGCUGCCAACACUGAUCCAAAUCGAUUAUUUAAUGAGGCAGAUCAGAAUGAAAAUUAA